AUGGCAGACCUCGCCGCCCUCGAACAACGCUUUGAAGGUAUUUCAGUGCAGGACGAGAACGUCGACAGCAAUGCCCCCAAACAGCACAAGGCAAAGGGCUCCCUCAGCCAAGCAAUCUCCCUCUCAUCCCUCGGCGCCGCCGCCGCGCAGAACCGCAUCAAACUCCCGCUGCAGAAGCUGCCAGCCAAUGCCACAACCAAGGCCACACUCACCAAGAUCACACUCCCCUCACAGGCCGCCCAGCGACCGUCCGCCGAGUCGCGACCCUCCUCGGACCAACUAGAUACUACAGCUCUCAUCACAGCCAAAUCAAACAAAGCAUGGAACCUGUCAAUGUUCGAGAUCGGCAAGCCUCUCGGCAAGGGAAAGUUCGGACGCGUCUACCUCGCCCGUGAGCGCGCCACAGGCUUCGUCUGCGCCCUCAAAGUCCUCCACAAAUCCGAAAUCACAGCCGGGAAAGUCGAGAAGCAAGUCCGACGAGAAAUAGAAAUUCAGUCCAACCUCGCACAUCCCAACAUCCUGCGGCUGUACGGCCACUUUCACGACUCCAAGCGCAUCUUUUUGAUACUGGAAUUUGCAGGACAGGGAGAGCUGUACAAGCACCUGAGGAAAGCACAGCGGUUUCCGGAAUGGCAGGCGGCAAAUUAUAUCGCGCAAAUGGCGAGUGCCUUGAAGUUCUUGCAUAACAAGCAUGUCAUGCAUCGCGACAUCAAGCCGGAGAACAUCCUUGUGGGGAUGCAUGGAGAGAUCAAGAUUUCGGAUUUUGGAUGGAGUGUGCACGCGCCGAACAAUCGUAGGAAGACAAUGUGUGGAACCCUGGACUACCUCCCACCAGAGAUGAUCAAGCCCGGACGCGAAGAGAACUGGUAUACUGAGAAGGUGGACUUGUGGAGCUUGGGAGUUCUGACGUACGAGUUUCUUGUUGGUGAGGCGCCAUUCGAGGAUACACCUGUGAUGACGCAGAGGAGAAUCGCGCGAGGAGACAUGAAGGUUCCAGCGUUUGUCAGUCCCGAGGCCAAAGACAUCAUCACAAGACUACUCGUACUGGAUCCCGRGAAGAGGUUGAGCUUGGAAGAGGUAGAGGUGCAUCCUUGGAUUGAAAAGCACUGUCAUAAGGGAGAGAGGCACUACAAUCGCAAGAGCGCCGACGUGAAAAAGGAGAGGGAUGGCAAGUGA